AGCAGGUUCACUAAUCACUUCUCUUGAUACCAUCAUCAAUAAGGAUAAGGAAGAGAAAUAGAUUGACGAUAGUGUCCAAUCUAUCAAACCACUUAAGAGAGGUUGAGAAACGCGACGAGAAGACAAUUCGAUAAAAAGGUUACACACGGCCCUCCUUCAAAAUGGCACCGAAAAAAGAAGACUAUGAUUCCGACUCAGACGCUUACAGCGAUUCAGCAAAAGUCAACGGACCAGGCUCAACAGUUUCAGCUCCCGUUACAACCUCUUAUCGUUUAAUUCGUAAUAUGCCUUCCUCUUCAAGUACAUCUACAAAUGCAUCUACUCCUCUAACAAGUUCAGAGGCUGGAUCGGGAAAACAACGUAGAAGAUCUUUUGAUGGUGCAACGGCCGGAUCAGCUCUGUUGAAUGGUAAUCGUUCUGUCAAGCGUGAUCAGAUUUCAGGUGACGCAAUCGAAGAUGAUAUGGGCGCAGGAUCUUCGUCUGAAGGUGAAGAAGAAGGUACUUCUCUAAACAAGAACGCAAGCACUUCCAAUCCUACACCUGCCACUGCCAAUAUGCGACAUGCACUUCCAGCCAAACCGACGACUCUGCUGCCCACUGAAGAAAGCCGUGCAAAACGUGCUAGAGUUGAUUCAUCUUUGGUUCCUCAAAUCCCCAAAAUUCCCAAAACCACAAUCGAAAAGGGCAACACUCCACGUUUGAUCGUUGUAUUGGAACGUGCUUGUCUUGAAUCUUACAAGAUCUCAUCCGGAAGCGCCGGAGGUCAAUCAGGAAGUGGAGGACGUAACAAAGAUGGAGGUGAAAAGUUUGCUUUACUCAAUUGUGAUGAUCAUCAACGUGUGCUUGCAAAGAUGGGAAGAGAUAUUGCAGAAGCACGUCCUGAUAUCACACAUCAAUGUUUACUCACUUUACUCGAUUCUCCUUUGAACAAAGCCGGUCUUUUACAAGUAUACAUUCAUACUGCAAAGGGCGUUUUGAUCGAAGUGAACCCUCACGUACGUAUUCCAAGAACAUUCAAGCGUUUCAGUGGUUUGAUGGUUCAAUUAUUGCACAAAUUGUCAAUCAGAAGUGUGAAAGGAAGUGAAAAGCUAUUACGAGUUAUUCGUAACCCAGUCACCGAUCAUUUCCCUCCUAACACACACAAGAUCACAUUAUCCUUCGAUGCACCCGUUCAGAGAUUAUCAAGUUAUUUGCCAUCGGUACCCAAAGAUCACACUUUGGCAGUCUUUGUUGGUGCUAUGGCACACGGUAAAGAUAGCUUUGCCGAUGAUGUUGUCGAUGAGAAGAUCAGUAUAAGUGAAUACAGCUUAAGUGCUAGUGUCGCUUGUGGAAAGUUCUGCUGUGCUUUGGAAGAAUUUUGGGAUGUGGUCUAGAGCCAAAAGGGCGAGAUCUGUUCCUCAUUGUCUUCUUCCUGGAAGAGUCAUACUUUGUCUAUAUUUAUUUUGUACUUAUAUAUUGUCUGUUUAUAAAUGAAUGCAUAUUGUC